AUGGCAGAUCCAUUUGACGCAGCACUCGAUCUUCUCCGCCGUCUUCCACCCUCCUCAACCCAACAGAACCUCAAUGGCAUCAUAUCACUACGACCAGACCUCGAAGAAGACCUCCUAUCCUCCGUCGACGUCGCGCUAACCUCCAAGCGCUGCCCGAAGUCUGGUAGAGACUUCCUAUGUUGCGACUAUAACCGCGAUGGCAGCUCCUACCGAUCGCCGUGGAGUAAUCAAUUUGAACCACCCAUAGAUCCAGAAGAUGCCGCAGACCUCAUACCGGGCGGUCGAGUGCGGAGGAUGGAGGUAGCGCUCAACAGUGCGGUCGACGUGUACCGGGAGCUCUACUACGAGGGAGGCACUAGCUCGGCGUACCUUUGGGCACUGGAGGAAGGCUUUGCGGGCGUGGUUCUGUUCAAGAAGACCUCCAGCGCUGGUGGUGGGAAGGGGAGUUGGGAUAGCAUACACGUGCUCGAGGUUACGGAGGCUACUUCCAAGCGUUCUGCGCAUUACAAGCUUACCUCGACCGUCAUCCUUGACUUGGGACUGUCAUCUGCGGCAGUGGACAGUCUAGAUCUGGCCGGCAACCUUACACGUCAGACACAAUCGGACAACCCGCUGAGCGGCCUAAGAGACUCAGAGAUCGAGCAGUCACAUGUUGUUAACAUUGGCCGCAUGGUAGAAGACAUGGAGACGCGGAUGCGCAAUCUGCUGCAGGAGGUCUACUUUGGGAAGGCGAAGGAUGUUGUUGGCGAUCUGCGGAGUAUACAGCCAUUGAGCGAAGUGGGAAGGGAGCGGGAUGCACAUCGUGAGGUGAUCAACAAGAUGGGCCGAUAG